CGCUCCUCUCGCCUUUUGCUGUGGCUGCUGCUGCUGCUGCGUUUUCGUAGCCAGCUGCGAGAAAUACACUGCGUUUGAAGCAGCGUAUCGAUUGUGCUCGGCGUCGGAUGGGAAGCAGCAGCCGCAACCACCAUCACGCACCGAGAACCGCAUGAUAUUUGUGCUUUUCCCGCAUCGCCCCCGUCCCAGUUUUGACUGUUAGUUGUGCUGACCCUUUGGCUGUGCCUGUUUGUUGUUACAAUUGUCAAACGUUAUGAAGUUCUCCCGUGCCGCCCCGGACGGUGUUAUUAAUGAACACGAUGCACGGUGUGCGGUGCUGCUGGUGUUGUGUGACACAUGAGAAGAAUGUUUUCUUCACGACGUAGCUACCAGACGUUGUGGGCUUAGGAAGCGAAGCAUCAUCCCCCCGGGUGUGCUGUGAUACCUUGUCCCGCUUGUACCGCUUUGUGUGCGUUUGUGUGUGUGUUUGACGGGGUGUGUGCGACUGUGGCAAAGGGGACAAUCAUUUCCAUUUCCACUACUCGGUUCGGUCGAUGAACGCCGCGACAGCCAUGUCCGGGCCAUUGUUGCGGAAUGGUUCCCAUUCUUGUAUGAUUUUAUCAAACACAUACAAACCCAGCCCCCCUUGCGAAUGCCCGAGCUUCAGCUGCUGGUUGGGACGGAAGUCGAGCGUUCUGCGUGCUGACAGUGCACCACCGGUUUAUCCCUUAGCAUCAGUCCCCCGCGCUAAGGACGCUGAUCCGAAGGCGUACCCGUGCCGGUUGCGUAUUUGCCGUUUAAUGUAUAAGCCACUGCCCCAGGGUAGUUGCAAAUCGGAUCUGCGCCAACAUCGGAACCGUCGAUUGGCGCUGGUCAAAAAACGGGCCAUCAGGCUGGUGCAAACGUUUGCGGCCCGCCGUGCCAUACCACACUACUUCCAGAAGCGCGUCAAGCAUACGCUGUCCGCAAAGCAAAGUGCCUCAACGCACAACGGUGCGACCGACCACGCGCCAUCACCUGCCGAUGGAUCGACUGAUGCCGCGGCAAGCGAAGUUCCGGUGAAUUCAAAUGCCAUAACGAAGGAAAGUGAAGAGGAACGUCGUGACAUUAGCCAAGUUCGGGAGGAAGAACCAUCUUCGGCGGCACCUCAAGAGCAACGUAUCGAUCCGCCGAGUGAAGAAAGUACAGCACUCGUGCGGGCAACUCCAAAGACGACUUCGCAUACCGAACGGGUAGACACGCUCAGCACCAUCAAGGAGUAUUACUCGAUACAGUGUGCCAUUCGGUUGUUGCUGGCAAUGCUGCAGGAAAGGAUGGAGGAGGUAGAGUCGAUGCAAAAGAGCAAAGUCGUGGACGCUCCGGAGGACGAAGCACCCCUCGAUAAUGGUUCGCCGAAGCCGAUUGAGAACGGUGUCGAAGGAAAUGGCACAUCCACGGAGGACGAUCCAGCGGAGAGAGGACCGUUGGUUAAAACCGAAAUCGACCUGUCACCAAACUGCUCCACCGAGGAUGCUGAUCCGAACAAAGAAAAUAAUGUUCCUUUAGACGGUACGCUGGAAACGAUGUCACCGGCAGCGGUUGUUUUAAACCGUGUCAAUAGCACACCGGUGAAAGAUGAAACGAGGGACGACUCCCGCACGUACAGCUUUCUCGAAACGUCCAAAUCCGACAUACUGGAUCCAACGUACACGUGCGAUAUAGAGCUGGAACCGUUGGAGCAGCGUAAAAAUCGCUCGAUCGUCGAUUCACUGCUAAACAAGUUCAACCUAUCGCCACCGGCGAAGGCCACCGUACCUUCCUCCUUUUCCGACAACAGUCUGGACGGUAGCGAGGGGCGCCGCAGUUUGCGCGAUCGUACGAAAAUUGCCGCCCGCCCGAGGUACAUCGAAAUUCCCGAGGAGCCGCGCAAGAUGCGGGUCUCGAAGGUGUUCGGCAAGCUGCACAAAACGCUCAAUCUCGAUCUCGACUGCGCAAACUCCAACUCGUCGACCGAGUUCUAUGGGUUCGACGAGGGCGAGAUAGUGAAGCUGGACAAACCGAGCCUGCCGGGGCUGCUGCCGACGCCGAUUGUGAAAAAGUCGCAACCGUUCGCUCCAUUCCUUGCCUACGGCAGUAGCAUGGACGCAGACAGUGUGGAAACGGGCGCGAAAACGCGAAGCGAUCUGUUCCGCGAGGAAGGAUUGAUCUCGUUCGGUUCGCUGCCGCCGCGGCUCGAGUGUCCCCAGCGACCGAACGAUAUGGUGCGACCGCGAACCGUGGCCCAAAAGCGCAUCCUGGUGCAGCGGGAGAACGAUGUGCGGUACCUGAUGAUCGACAAUGAGUCGAAAAUAUUUCAAUUUCUGAAAAAGCGCAGCAAGAACAUCGAUGCCGCGCUCGAUUUCCAGCGCAUGAAGGAGCUGCAGGAUCAGCAGAUUCCGUUCACCCGCGACACCUGGCGAGCGCUGUCGUGGUUGCGAACGGAGAAGGGCCGCUACUACUUCCAAACAAUUACCAUCGAUAACCGCACGAUCAAGAUGUCCGGGUGUCGGGGCAAUCAUCGGUAUAAGACGCUUUCGCGGAACCCACUGUACUCUAGCCCGGUGGUGGCAUCCCACGGUCAUCGCAUUCACUACGUUAGCAAAUGUCACUGUCCACCGUUUCCCGAGGGAGUGAAGCUGAAUAUCUCAGAGGACAGAAACAAAUCCUCCCAAUCGGAUGCAGAGGAACGGAUGAUGAACGACGCUGCCCGUUACCUGUAUCGCACCACGUCCAACGAUACCGGCUACCAAAACAAACGUUCCUAUCCGGGCACCAAGCCCGGUCCCCUGUCCUCAAAGUGUCUGCAACCGUCGCCCGACGACGAUCCGACGCUAGGACAGCUGGAGGUGUUCAAAAUGCCGCCGGUGGAGCUGGAGGUGUUUCCAAAGCUCAAUCGCCCGCUCGAUGGUUUCGUUAAGCCGUACCUGAAGAUGAUCCUUCCGCACGACGGUAUUACGGAAAACUGGGCGCGGUUUGCCGUCUCAACGCUGACGGCCGAUGGUGCUCGGGAGGAGGACAAAACGGUGCCCAGCGCGAGCGAAGAGCGAUCGUUCGUGUUUGAGCUGCCGUACCUGAACAAUCAGCGCCGCAUGUUGAUCAGGCGUCGCUUUAUGGCGAGCCCCGGAUCGCCAGUGCACUGUGACGUCGAGGAGUUUAGGAAACUGAUGGACGAAAAGCUGACGUUUCGGGCAGCAAUCGACAAAGCGUUGGAGGAAGGCAAAGGCGAUGAAAUCGAUCUGGAUGAGUUGGUGUGUGCCGAUGUGCUUAGCGCCAUUACGGAUUCCGUAGCUAUCGCGCUUGCGGAAGAUAUAUUGGGGAAGGACGAUCCGGAAGUUGAUUAUGUGAAGCGGGAGGACGGUGCGCGUCCAUCCCGAGAGCAGAUGACCAUGCCAAUCAAGAUUGAGAAACCGGCAUCGGGAGCUGGUGGUGAUGUGAAGCCUAUGCCAGUUAAGAAUGAACCACCGGUGUCGGGUGCUGUGGGUGGCGCUGAGAAGAUCUGCACUCCACCAGCACCUGCAGCCAGCGAUGUUGGUUCAGGUGUAGAGAUUACCCCUGCUGCCGAGCCCAGCGGUCCUGCACCGUCUUCGGAGAGCGGCAGCAAGACGGUCGAUCCAGUCAAGUUGAAACUACUGUGUACUGACGUAAUAAACGUUUCCCCCUUCCCCACUAGCCGCGAGAUGAAACGUCUCAACGCAACCAUUAUCGAAGACCCUAGCGAUCCCGCGGUCAGUUCUGCUGAAACCACCCGGCAGCAGAAGCAACAGCAACAACGAUGCGACCCGCAAUACUGUUCCUUGGGCUGCAUUUGCGACGUGCUGCACAGUUCCCAACCUGCUGCCGUGGCCGCUACCGACCGAAGGCAGCACUGCCGGCAGAGUGGCUGCAUGUUUGGCUGCAGCUGUGGAUUUGAAGAAAAGCUUGCCAAUCAAACGCAGGAAGUGAAGACGGAUCUUGCUGCAGAGGGAAAGGGCGAAGCCAAUGCUCUGACUAGCGCGGACGUGAAGUAUCUUCGGGAGAAAGCGACGGCCCGGUUGGCGAAAGAGGAACGUGAAUUUACGCACACCGUCAUCCUGACCAAAAACACAACCGUACUGGUGCACAACAAGGAGACCGAAUCUCGUCGGCAGAAGAAAAAACCCAAAAAGUACGACGACUACUACAACGAUCUGAGCAUGCAGAGUUUGCUGAACGGUGGCAGCGCAAAGGACGUGUCGCAGUACAUCAGUAAACCGCCGCCGAAUGCGAAACCUCUGUCGCCGGCGGAUCGUAUGAGGCACGCGCACGUGCUGCUGACCAAACUGCCCCAGCUAGCCGAUAUCGAACCGCUGUGCAUGGUUCACGAUCUGUACCGAUGCUUCUGCGAUGGCAAAGCUACCCAGGGUAAACCAUUUUCCUUCACGGAAGAGGGUUGCCUUUCGCCUGGAAAGACUUUCCCAUCGGAUGGGUCGUAUUCGGCCGACCAUGCUUCGUUGGUGCUGAUGCCGGCUGAUGGCACGUCCAGUGGUCGUAUGAUGGGGGCUAAGAAUCGCACGCCGGAAACAGCACAACCUACCUACGACACUGCACCAAUCGCCAGCGUCCGUAAACGGUUGUAUUCGUUUGAAAAGGCUUAUACCGAGCCGGCUGCACACAGUAGCAGUAGCAGCAGCAGCGAUGGCAAGUCUCCCAAGGGUGGUCUCCCUGUCAGCCGGAAACGACGGGAUAGUUCGGAAGAAUCCUACAAACCACCGAACGAACGGAAGGUUGUUAAGAAGAAGCUCCACACUUCGUUGGAAGAGAAAACCGCUACCGCCAGUGCUUCUUCCCUCCGUGCCCGACGUGCGUCAAUGGUUCCCGGGCAGGUGUCUGCUCGGUCGGUAGCCUCCACUCGGCGCCCUUCAGUAGCGCAUGCAGGAAAAUCAGCUAGCUCUGCACGGAAGAGUGUCCCAUUAGCCAUGCGACGAUCAUCGGUAGCUCAUCAGAAGGAUGAUGAUGUGUUCAAAGCACCCGGACAAAGUCAGUCCACCGGGGCCGACGCUCAGUACACUGUCGUCAAACCGAAGCGAGCUUCCGGAGGCAUAAAUAACCUCAUCCUGAAGCGAAUUACAUCAACUGCAAGCUUUGCGCCGAUGGUACAUCUGCCCUCAGCAUCAUCGAAGGCUACGGCGAAAAAAUCAACACCACCCAGCAAACCGAAGGACCAAGGGGCCGCAGAAAUACCGGUCAAGUACAUGUCGGUGCGCAAACUGAAACAGCUUAUGCUAAGUGAGUACAAAAACUCGCCGGAUGUGAAGAAAACGCCCGAUGAUACGUCCAGCACGGAGGUCAGGCUGGCCUUCAUAAACAUUCUGCUGCUAGACACCGAGGAAAACAUCGACAAUGAACCACAGCUAAACAUCCUUUCCGACGGCUCGAAGAAGCUGGUCAUCAACGGCAAUCGACGAUCGUUUAUUGCGCGACGGGCGUUCAAGGAUGGCAUGCCACCAGAACGGACCAUGCCGUACCGCAACCGAACCACGUACAUCGUGCAGAUACUGUCGGCAAGCAAUGGGUCGGAGGACGAAAGCACCGAAUCGGAAGAACCUGCUGUUGAAAAGGCGCAAUCGUGUGAAAGUGUUCCACAAAUGAAAAACGAACCGGCGAAUGACCUAGACGACAUUGAACCAUACCCAGAGCCGCCGAAAUUAUCUGCCUACGCCCAAAGAGUAGCCAAAGCGGUGACGCAGCACCAGAACGCCAGCAGCCCGAUAGAGCAAACGGACCGUCAGCUGUGCUCACUGAUGCGCCACAUCAACGAGCUGCUGCGGCGUGAGACGCUCCACAUAAACCCGGCUAAAAAGGGUAUCAUGCACAUCUGCCGCUGGAACCAGCUGCUGAACGCGUUUGCGCUCGCCGAGAUCGACGUGCUGGAUUUGACGCUUACCAACGGGCUUGAAAUGACAGUCAUCGCGACAGCUCCGUUCAAGCAGCAGCUCGUACCGAACGUGCAGCACCAGAUCAGUGCGCGGCGGCUCACGAUCGACAAGAUGAUUGUCGCCGAACGGCCAUCGCUGCUGAUGAAAAUGGUCGUCUGCAAUGUGGAGAACGUGAAAACGAACGAGCUCGCGCUAGUGCUAUACGGGAACGAAAAUUUCUGGCACUUUUGCGGCUUUCUCAAGGUGGACGAAACGUGUUUCAAAACCGAUUCGAACAUCCCGAAAGCGCCGUCCACCAUUGCCAAUUCAAAGAUUCGUACACGCCUCAAUGACUACCAGCGCAAAAUGGUGCCGGCGACGACCGCUAAGACGACCACAGCGCAGCAAUCCACCAAACAGGCCACAGCGAGUAAGCAAACGCCAAGCAGCAGUAGCAGCAGCAGCAGUCAUAUUGAACCAGCACCGUCCACCAACAUGCUCAGCACUCAAUCGAACAUUGAGAUUGUGCCCAAAGCCAUGCAACCGGUACAUUUUCCGCUGGGGUUGCUGCCCGGUAUUGCCGACACGCCGGAGGGCGGUGAGUCGGAUUGCCGGUGGAUGCGGAUAAAGAUUGAGAACGAUUUCAGCCACAUGUACCUGCCGAGCUGGCAAUGCUGCGUAACGUAUGGCCGCAUCAAGAAAGCCAUUUACGAUGCCAGUCGUACGGCGCAAGCAAUUCGCCUCGACAAUCCUGCCCCACCGAAUCAGCCUCAAAGGCAGCAGCGACCGUUCAUGUAUGCGCUGCCUAAGGAAGGGAAUGCGCUCUUCCUUGGCCCGUACAAAAGCUCGGAGACCAAGAUCGAUGUGAUUCUUUGCCAGAGCGUGCAGGGCAGCCUGUACGAGCGGGAAGUGUACGAGAGGCAGAACAGAAUACCGAUGCCUGCCAACACCAAACGAACUGUCGGCUGGUGGGUCGAUGUGGUCACAUCGCGAGUAGCAUCCGUGCAGGGAAAGAUACGUCAGACAGCGUUCAAUUCGUUCCGGCCUCGAGAAACCAUUAAGGCACCGAGCGGGACGGUAGCUAGCACCAGCUGCAAUACCGCACAACGAUCACUGCUCAAGCGAAAUAACAUGCCGCCGGCACCGGCAACCGUUGGUCCGGAAAAACAGGCACGGCAGUCAAUCACUGCGGUCGAAAAGGACCAAACGCCGAGCGCUAGUGUUCCGAACGACCUAGAUGAUGACGUUGUUGUUCUGGAUUCGGACGACAAUGACGAAGAUGAGAACUUGGGCACUGCUAAGGAGUCGACGGAGAAUAGCAACGCAGCCAACGAACAACCCCGGCGGGAGUUUGCGGUCGAACAAAUCGGUAUAGAUCUGUUCCGGCUGGUGGAAGGAACGAUGAAGCAAAACCAGCAAGAGAAGCGCAAAAUAGAGAAAGUGUUGGAACAGGAACGCGUCACGAAAAGCGUGUCGGGCGAUCAGAAUCGCAAUGAGCCGAACCGGAAGCGUCAAUCAUCACCGCUACCGCCUGCAGCCAACUAUGCACCCGCGGCCAAAGUGAUCCGAAUAACUGAUGCCGCUGGUGUCGAAAGAACCUUAUCGAGUGGUAUAAGGAUUCCAGCAAGCACUACGAUCGCACGGAACAGUUUCACACGAAUAUCGCUACCGGGUCCACAGACGUUAAAGUCGGGUUCAACUACGAUUACAAGAUCGAUCAACGGUGUAAGCAGACUCACAAUUGCCCCACUGAAAUCCGCCGAAAGUAACGUACCGGUCAAAGUGGUGCAAAACGCUCUUCGCAUAUCGCGACCAUCGAAUGCUCCACCGGGUGUCCCGGUACGGGCAUUGAGUACAACGAGAGCAAGUCUCGCCGACGAAUUGUCCGGUCGUCAGCUUGUUGGUGUGGCAGGAGCACCGAAACCGAGACCGAGGCUGAACUCCGUGGCCGUUGAGCGUGUCAGCGUCCAGGUCAGCAGGCCUGCUCCGGUAGUGCAGGAAUCAGAUGAUGAGGACGAUGUAGUUUGGCUCGACGAUGAUAACGAAAGCAGCAACGAAAAGAUGAAACCACCAGCCUCGACAAGUGGAAAUGCUGAUCGUACCGCAGCCAGCAGCACUUCCGUUGCCCCUGCCGCCACCGCCUCCGUUGUCGUAGCUGGAUCGAACGCCAUAAAUGGCGUUACAGCAUACGCACAGAAAACCAUUCUCAGCCAGGAACAGAUUGCAAUGAUAGCGCGUCGAGUGGACCUAACCAAAACGGGCCAACAGGACGGCUACAGCUUCAACCCUACGUCCGGUUUGCUCAAGAUGAAGCGCUCGCUGUUAACUUCCAUCGAAAACGAUGCCAUGCUAGGAGAAGGUACAACGUGCGCCAAGUCAGCGAUCUCUGCUGUCGUGAAUGGAAAGAUGGGCGAGGUUAGAAUAUUGAGCAGCAAUGCGAAAUCCUUGUUGCCAUCAGUAUCGUCCACUUCCGUGAAUGGAAAAGCCGUUGUAGGUAGCAGCAGUAGCAGCAGCGCAAAAUCAUCAGCAAUCCCUGCACCAGCAUCUGCGUCUCUAAAUGCAUCCGCUACUCCAUCACCAUCAUCGUCGUCAUCAUCCUCAUCGACCAUUACAAUGCCGCGGACUAAAGUGGUGCCACGUGUGUCAGUUACUGCCGCAACAGCGAGGUACGGUGAUGUUGCUGGCGCUCGCCGUAUUUCAGACGGAGGCGUUGGCAACAGUGUCAUCCCGCCCGGAUCGGCUGGAACAGCAGGCGGGUUGCUGGAUAAUCUGAAGUACCUGAGCGAAGCACAAGAGGAGAAGCUGCUGGGCGAGCAUCCAUUUACCAGGGGCGUGCUGGAGUCGAAAAUCCCCGGACUUGGACUGGUGGAGGUGGUGCGCUUUGAACGCGAGGUGAUCAUACACAUGAAGGAACUGACGGUAAAGAAGCAGCUUGUAAGCGUUCACAAUCUUGAAGCUGCCGUGACGCUGCUGAACCAGUUCAUCCAACGCAAUACGUACGCGUUCAGACCGUACAAUUUAGCCAUACAGUGGAAGUUCAAGGAGCGUUCGCUACCGCUACGACCAGAAGAACGAAUGACCAGCGUUAUCAACCAGUUUUGCAUUGUUACGGUGUAUGGUAUUAUUAAUGUAUCUAAGCAGGAGCAGCUGGAAUCGGUGGAAUCCACCCUGCCAGCAUUGUACGAAGAUCUUAUGAGGAUGAAGCUAGCCAUGCAGUGUUACAACAAGCAACUCUACGAGGACGAAAAAUGUUACGAAAACGAUGACAAAAUUUACGAUCGGGCGGUUGGAAUUAUCACCUCCGUGAAGGCAAAGAGCAAGUGGUUGCAGCAGCAGCGUGAAAACUUAAUGAAACAACGUCGUGCUAAUCAGGCGAAGCUGCGCCAACUGAAAGAAGCUUCAGGGUCUGCGGAAGCAAAGGAUUCACCGGAGAAGUCUGCACAGGAUAAAUCUGCCACGGGACAGUCUGCUAAAGAUACGUCUGCCAAGAAUGCGAUCGCAAAGAAUACGACAGCAAAAAAUGCGACCGCAAAAAAUGUGCCCGCAACGAACACGGCCGCAAGGAAUUCUACCGCAAGGAAUUCAAUCACAAGGAAUUCGACCGCAAAGAAUACUCCUGCGACGGACGUGAGCGGUAGCAAAGGUGGUCAGGAAUCCGUGAUCGUAAUUGACGACGAUUAGUAUGUGAAAAUCGAGGCACUAUGUGAAUUGCUCCACGGUUUGCCGGAAUGAUCUAAGCAAAAAUAAUUGAUUUUGUUGAACAGCAGCACGUUGCUGCUGUCGGGGGUAUCAUCUUAAGGACCUCUGUUAAAUGCUCCCCUGGCGCGGAAAUGGCAACUAAUGUAUGUUUUGUGAACCACGGUGUGGUGUGUUAUCGGUUCAUCAAUCAAUUUGAACUCGGUUUUCUACGAACUGAUGGCUAAUACAAGGGUAAUUAGAAAUGUAUGAUAGAAAUUCAGUACGCUGUAAGGCCGGCAGGGUUUGAAUCCGAUUCGCGAUCUCCAAGUAAUCGUGGAUGACUCUUGUGGUUUGUGAGGUUUAAGGUUAUGCAUUAGGCCUCACAAAUGGCAAACACUAUGUAUGAUCUAUAGAAAAGUUAAUUUGUAGAUAUCACUCACACCAAAAACGAUAGUUUUGAAUUAAGCAAAGAUACACAUAAAUGGUUAAACAUAACUGUACUGAACUUUGUAACUUUAAUGUGUCCAGAGAGUGGAAGAACAAAUUAAAAAAAAAAAACACAGAAUUCAAAA